AUGGUUGAGCUUCGCAAGCGUCCUCCUCCUAAGGAGACUGCCACGCCACCUCCAACAGCUAAACGUGGCAGCACCGCCAAAAAGCCAGCUGACAAGGCCAAAGAAACCAUCACUUCAAAGGGUGGGAAGAAAAAUGGCACUACUCCUGCUAAAGAACCGCUCACCAGCGUUGCUCCAAUCCCCGACGUCGCUGUGAGAAGCGCCAAUGGCAGAGUCAGUGGGAAAAUUACAGUUGGCGAGACACUGGAGCUCGAUGGGUUCGGCGGCACUGUCCAGACCAAUGAUGGGACCGAUGUCACGCUGAAGGAGUUGUUGGAGAAGAGUCUUGCGGGUGUGGUCAUUUUCACAUAUCCCAAGGCUAGUACACCUGGAUGCACAACUCAAGCAUGUCUCUUCCGCGACAAUUAUGCCCCUAUUACUGGAGCAUCUCUCUCCGUCUAUGGACUGAGCACCGAUAGUCCCAAGGCAAAUACGGCUUUCGUCACCAAGCAAAAUCUACCUUAUCCGCUUCUGUGUGACCCAAACGCCACGUUGACGUCUGCCAUUGGCAUGAAGAAGCCUGGCGCCGGCAAAUCUACCACCAGAGGCGUUGUCAUUAUUGACAAACAGGGUGUCGUUCGUCUCUGGGAUCAGGCAGGGCCAGCGAAGACUUUGGAGGCCGUGUUGGAAUAUAUCAAGAAUCAGGGAAUGACUGAGACUGCCGCUCCAACGGCCGCCGCGGCUUCCCCGGCUGAUAAUCCCGUUGUUACCGAAGAGGCUGCGAAGCUGGCAGAUCCAGAUACUAAGAUGAAUGAGGUUCCUCUGGCGAAGACUCCAUCGAAAGAAGAGCAGGAAGCUGCUGCGACUGCAGCAGAGGUGGGAGAGACUGCGGCCAAGAUCGAUGCCUCGGUCGAUGAGCUCAAGCCAUGA